AUAUCUAUAUGAUUCUCCAUCAAAAGAUAUAGCACAUCGUCUCUCUCUAUCUUUCUCUUGCAAGCUUCAACAAUGGCGUCUCGUUUGGUUCUCACUCUCUUAUCUCUCUCUGCGUUUGUUCCGUUAAUUUUACCCGUACAUUCACUUACCUGCACAUCCCAAACGUUCAGCAAGGACAGGCUCUACUCGAACUGUACCGACCUCACCGCACUCAACGCCUACCUACACUACUCCUACAAUGCUUCCAAUUCAUCUCUCUCCGUCGCCUUCACUGCCGUACCUGCCAAACCGGACGGCUGGAUAGCGUGGGCAAUCAAUCCGACGUCGCAGGGCAUGAUUGGGGCACAGGCGCUCAUCGCCUUCAAAUCCAACGGCUCCGUGACUGUCAAGCCUUACAAUCUCACAUCGUACGGUUACAUCAACGAGACCAAGCUUUCCUUUGACGUGUGGGACGUGAGUGCGGAGGCUAGCGCCAAAACCACGACGAUCUUUGCGACGGUUAAGGUCCCGAAGGAAUCGGAUACCGUGAACCAGGUGUGGCAGGUGGGAUCCUCCGUCACGAACGGUGUACCGGACAAGCAUAUGAUGAAUAAAGAGAAUUUGGGAGCUAAGGGAGCGUUGGAGCUGGUGAGCGCUGCCUCUACGACUGCGCCUGCAUCUUCAAGCCCUGACAAAGCCGGUGAGUCUGGAAUUCGAACCAGAAACGUAAACUUUUACUUUGGGUGCGUUGUUGCUCUUUUGUGGUCAAUUAUUGGGCUCUGAAUUCGGUGAUUCAAGGAGUUUUAUGUAGUUUUUAGUGAUUCCACGCUUAAGAUCUGGGGGAUUUUACCAGUAAGAGGAGAGAGUAAUGACAAUAGUUGGGUUGUGAAUGCUAUUUGAUUAUCAUGUUACCUUCGAGGAUGAUUUGGGGUUUGGACUUUGAUUCACCCAAACUUCACAAUCAAUUAGCAUAACUUCCGGGAAAAAAAUCAUGUUUAGAUUUUGGAGUGAAAAUUUAUAUCCCCAAACCUUUCGAUCAUUCUUAAUUAAGGGGUUGAAGAAUUUGAUGUUAGAGUAUUUGUAAUGCGAGGUGUAUUGAAGUAAUCAUAUAAUAUGCGUAUUCAAUGUGAUUAUUAUUUGUUUUGAGUUA